GCCGGUGUCGGACUUCUGACCUGCUUAGGUAGUUGUAGGAUUCUCUCGUAGAGGAACUUUAAUUCGUUAUGGUUCAAGUUCAAAAGAAUGUCUGCUUGAUUGUUAUCGACGGCUGGGGCAUCUCUGAAAACAAAGAAGGAAAUGCCAUUGCUAAUGCUACGGUACCAGUCAUGGAUGCAUUUUGCACUGGACAAAACAAUGCUUACACCACCCUAGAUGCUUCUGGUUUGUCAGUUGGCUUACCUGCAGGACUUAUGGGUAACAGUGAAGUAGGACAUCUGAAUAUUGGAGCUGGAAGAGUUUUGUACCAGGAUAUUGUUAGAAUUAACAUGACCUCUGACAAUAAGGAGUUUUCAAAAAACAAAGUUUUUGCUGAAGCAGCAGAAAAAGCUAAGGCUUCUAAUGGAAGGUUUCAUUUAUUGGGUUUGGUCAGUGAUGGUGGUGUCCACGCCCACAUCAAUCAUUUAGAGUCAAUGAUUGAUGCAGCUAAGGAGCUUGGUGUUCCCAAGUGUUAUGUACAGUUUUUUGCUGAUGGAAGAGACACAUCUCCAACCAGUGGAGUGACAUAUGUGGAACAAGUCUUGAAGAAGCUGAAGGACAUCAAUUAUGGCUCACUAGCCACAGUUGUGGGCCGUUACUAUGCAAUGGACAGAGACAAGCGUUGGGAGAGAAUCCAGAUUGCUUAUGAAGCUUUGGUGCAAGGAAAGGGUGAAGAAACUACCCCAGAUAAAGUUAUUGAGGUUAUCAAAGGUCGCUAUGAAGCAGAAGGAGACAAGCGUGAAACAGAUGAAUUCCUGAAACCCAUUAUUGUGGACCCUGAAGGAAGAAUAAGAGAUGGAGAUGUCCUUUGUUUUAUUGACUUCCGUUCUGACAGGAUGAGGCAAAUCAAUGAAGCUUUUGGAAUAAAGCCACCUUUUGAAACAAAUGUUAUUCCUUCUAAUCUUCAUCAAAUUACCAUGACACAAUACAAAAAAGAAUUUCCCUUCCCAGUCAUGUUUCCUCCUUUUACUCCAAAGAAUGUCUUAGCAGAAUGGUUAUCUGUUCACAAUGUUCCUCAGUUUCACACUGCUGAAACUGAGAAAUAUGCACAUGUAACUUUCUUUUUCAAUGGUGGCGUGGAGAAACAGUUUGAGGGAGAAACUAGAUCAAUGGUUCCUUCACCAAAAGUGGCCACAUAUGAUUUGAAACCAGAGAUGAAUGCUGCUGGAGUUGGAGAAGAGGUGUGUAACGCUGUUAAAAGUGGCAAGUACCCAUUUGUAAUGUGCAACUUUGCUCCGCCUGACAUGGUUGGUCACACUGGCAAAUAUGAGCCUGCAAUCAAGGGUUGUGAGGCAACUGAUAAAGCGAUUGGUGAGAUUGCCAAAGCAUGUGAAGAGACAGGCUAUGUGUUGAUGAUAACGGCAGAUCACGGUAACGCAGAGCAGAUGAUGAGUGAGAAAGGUGGUCCUCAUACUGCGCACACUACAAACAGAGUUCCUUUUAUUAUGACUGGUGGACUUAAGUUUAAAGAAACUACCCACAAUGCUGCUUUGUGUGAUGUUGCUACCACUGUAUUAGAUGUGAUGGGUCUCCCUAUUCCAGCAGAGAUGGGUGGACAGUCGCUACUGGCUAAAUAGGGUGUGGCUUCCUUCAGUAAUCAUGGGUAGUCAUCUGCUUUGCAACUUUAUAGAAAACUUAAGAUGUGGAUUUCCUUAAAAUAACUGUUAGUAAUCACAGAAGUUUAUAUGUUUUAGUUUUUUUCUUGAUAGACAAAAAGUGUGAGAUGUGUUUUAAAAUGAUUAAUGAUAAGCACAGUGAAAUAUUCCUUCUUAUAAAGGGCAACUGAAUUCUUAACCCUUUAACUCCCAAGAUCUCAUAGGUAAGUCUCCUUACUGUCUGCCAUACAGUUCUUGUGAUGUUAGUCUGGAGAAUUUAGUAUUGUAUCAACUUAUAAUCCCCUAAUUGAUAUUUUUCUUUAUUCUCAUCACUUUCCUACUUGAUAUUGUAUUAAAAUUGUAAGGAGAAAUUCUGUCUUGGUCACUGGGAGUUAAAGGGUUGAAAAAAUAAAAAGGUAAGUGACAAGGCAAUAAAACAAUAAAGAUGAUCUUCAACUGGAAUCAUACUAUAAGGGCUGGGGUUGCAGAUAUUUAUUUUGAAUUUUAGCCAAUGAAGUCUUACUCCCAGCAAAUCAACAUGAAAUUAUAUAGGAAUGCUAUAAAAUUGCCUUUUAUCGAUAACUUAACUAUAUGUUAUAACUUAUUUUUCCCAAUUAAUUUUGCCAACUUAGUGGUAAUCAACUGAAUGAGUAUAAUUAAGGCCUGAGUAUUAUCAGAUUAAAAUGAGAAUGAAA